AUGCGCAGCCGCGUGCCUACUACUACCACAGCAGCGCAAGCGCGCUCGGAAGACCCCACCUACAGCAGCGCUCGUCCCUGCACAUGGCCAGCUUCGCACUGGCGCACCUCGCUCCCGCGCUCACUCGCCUCUGCGUCAGCGCUUAACUCUCCGAGCCCACGCCGCGGCUCGGCGGGCGCGCCGGACUGCACAGCGCCAGCGGCAGCAACAGCGGCGGUGCCAGCGCAAUUAGUACGACCAACGCAACUAGCGCGCCGCUACUCGCCCAUUUUAGUCACGUCAUCCCCGCUCGCGCCACAUGCCGACCUGUUGUCCCUGUCGCCAUCGCCCGCGCUCGGACGCAGCCUGCAGCGUCUCAGCCUGCAAACGUCCGCCUCGGCGUCGGGGCGCAGCAGCGCGGUGGCGCACAAAAAGCAGCAGCUUCAGCUUUAG